AUGCCUUCUGCCAACCCUAAACUAGAGAAACAGGCCUCUACGGAGGCCGUGGAUCCCUUACGCCAAGUGAUCGUCGUGGUCGAGCACAAGAUACGGAAUCUCGAGAAGCGUAAGGCAAGGCUCGAGUCCUACAAGGAUUUGCAGAAAAAUGGGCGAGAACUCAAUGCAGACCAAAAAACUGCAGUUGCCAGAUAUGAUGAAGUACUUCAAACGUUGGAAAUUACUCGGGACAUGUAUAAACAGAUUGUUAGUAUCAACAAUGACGGUAUGAAGCAACAAAAGAAGCUGGCGCGGAAGGAAGUCGUUGAACGAAUGCAACAAGAUAUUGCAAAAGUAAAGGAGAUGGUAGUUAUUCAACAUAUUCUCAUAAGUAUGGUUAAUGAUUCUAUAAGGGAUGACUUUGUUCAUGGGAAAAAUGGAGCUUUAAAAUUGCUGGAGGAAGAGCUGAAGGAUUUGGAUAGUUUUUCUAACGAGGUGAUGCUGAAACAGCAGCGUGGAGAAAGUGAUCUGAUGUUUGCUCAGCAAGCUCAAAAAAUAGCUGAGCAUUACGUGGCGAUUAUAGAUGGGAAGCAACGCGAGGUCGUUGGCACUACGUACAACAAAUUAAAGGAGAUUAUCGGGAAAAUCACUCAAUGCGGUUAUUUUGAUCAAGUUCGCAAAUGUCCGGAAGCAGCAGCGCCAGUAGAAGAGAUUACUGAAGCUGUGUCGGAGGCUAAGAUCAUCGAGGCUCAAGUUGUACAGGAACAAGUUAACGAAGAAUACAACAACGGCAACGAUAGGCACAUUCCACCCGAGUCCAUGAUACCCAUUCCAAAUUUUCCAGUUCAAGUCGCCUCACUUCCCGUUGUUUCCGGCGCCGCUCCGGUCUCGGGACCCAUCCCGGUCGUUCCGCAACCCAUACCGCCUCAUCCAGCCGCACCAGUCGACACUCCUUACUACGCGAACGCUACUAAUUUUGUAGCGCCGCAGCCACAACCGCAGCAGCCGCAGCAACAACAGCAACCAACACAGCAGCAAAUCCAGCAAUCUCAGCAGCAGCAGCAGCAACCUCCGCCCGCGCCGAGAAUCAACGAUGUUAUAGGCACGCCGAACUUCUUCUUCUUACAGGAAUCCGAGCUCGAUUCGCCGGACGUCACCUCGCAAGCACCUAUCGUAUCGCACAUUCCUCCCACGGUCAACGCGCCCAUUCCCACGCAGACCUUUACGAACCAGAGUUUCGCGAGCGCACCGGUGGCCGUACCCCAGCAAGUCAUAUAUCAGCAUCAACCGCCGCAGGAUAUGUCGCACAUUCCCGGAUUCGCGAAUCCCAAUCCACCGCCGCCGAUCCCCAUGCCGCCGUCUCACCAGCAACCGAACAUGCAAUACAGCCCGCAGCACCCGGCCGGUUUCCAGCCACAACAGCAGAACGCGACGCAACAGUUGCCCCAACCAGGCCAAAUUCAAAACUUUAAUGACCAGACGCAUCAGCAGGAGACUCAAACCCAACUGGAGGAGAAAGCUGAGAACGGGCAAAAUGAGACUGCUACCACCGACUCGUCCUUGGAACAGCAAAAUGAAUCUGUCGAUUGGUGUCAGAUGACCGAGACCAACGACUGGAAUCAGCCGGAUCAACAGCAGCAAUCUGUCCAAGACUCUCAGCAAGCACCGCAGCAACAGGCGUCUCAACAGGGUUGGGGUGACAACCAGCGCAGUGCGUACAGGGGUAGAGGAGGCAGAAGGGGAACCACUAACGGCUACAACGGUAGAGGCAGGAAUAAUUAUCAGCAAAACGGUCGUGGGAAUCAAGGCACGUACUAUCGCAACGAUGGUAAUUACCAGAACGGAUAUCAGCAACGCCCCUGGGGCAACAACGACGGAAAUAACGGAUUCAAUUCUGGCUUCAAGCGGGGCGGCGGCGGUGGCAGCGGCACCGGCAGUGGCGGACCUAGGGGUGCACGAAGCGAGCGCGGUAUGGACAGAGGCGGUCGUGGGCAAUUCCGAGGUCAGAGAGGGGGCAAUCGUGGUGGAUAUACGCCACGCGGCAAACCCCAUACGCAACAAUAAAUAAUAUACACUCUAAACAAUACACACUUUGCGAUUCAUGAUUCACCUGUCUAUUUAUGAAAAAGCUUAAGUCGGAACAUGAUGCAUUUGUAAUACAAAGUGAGACUUCAAAGUAAAUAGAUAUCGCGUGCAGUAUCGCGCGCGCACGAGUAUUACACACAAUAAUAACUUUGAUAUUAAAGAUUGAUUAAAUAACGGAGAUUAACGCCAUGCUCUGGAACAUAGUUUUUGUAAUAUACUGGAGGAAUUGUAUAACGUGUUUUUUAUCUAUCGCAUACUUCGCACGCGAAUUAAGUAAUUUUGCGAAGAUAAAGUUGAUUAGUUAUAAAUGAAAUAUAGUUUUGCAUUUGGUGUAAUUAUACAAAGGUACGUAUAAUAUGAAAGGAAAAAGAAAACUAGUUUGAGAAAUUUUCUGUUGAUAUUUGUUGAGACUCGUGGCUUAGGAUAUUUCCUAAAUAUGACAUAUUGAACGAAUGGAAACUUUGCAUUUUAAUUUGAUGUCUAUAAUUACAAAAGAGCAGAUUAAAAAGGGUAAUAUUGAUAAAGAAAAAGGAUAAUGCGUAGAGAAGUGACAUUUGUGAUAUAUAUAAAGAAAGAUGGUGUAAAUUCAGAAAUGUGAGCCUACCGUGCAAGUAUUACUGCGUUGUGACAGAAGGCAGGUUUCACAGGGCAACAGCUAAUUAACAAAGAUUUAAAAAGAUAAGAAUAAUUUUAAUAUUACAAAAAAAUACAAAAAAAAGAAGAUAUCGGAGAAACUCGUACAUUUAAUGUAAAGACUACGAGACGUAUUUAAAGAAUAACGUUAAGAUAAUUACAAGUAUGUAAUAGGCGAUCUGCACGACUAUCUCUUCGUCUUGCGGCGCAUCGUUCCAGAGAGAAUUUUCUAAGAUACCAGAAAAAAGGGGAUACACAGCGAGAGCAAUGCCUUUUAAGCUAUUAAAUAUACCUUCUUGACUUCAUACUCCUUACCUGGUGUAUGAACUUUCGAGGCGUACAUACAUACAUACACAAAUAAAUAUUUGAAAAUUUAUCGAGAGAUUUAUUAGUUGGAAAGGAAAAUAAGUCAUUCGUGUAUAAUGAUAUGUAAGAUCUAUGAAAGACGUUUUUUCACACAUAGUUGUAUAUGUAUGAUAUACACUAUAGAUAUCAAACACAGCACACACACACACACACACACAUGGAAUCGCUGUCGCUCCCUAUUCUUUCUCACUUUUCUUUCUUUUUUCUGUAUAAUUGCAAAAUUCUUCACUCUAUGUGCUCGUCCACGCAGCCGUGGCCAAGCGAAAGAGAUCGCGGUGCAAUGUUCUCGUUUACGAUGUAAUGCGUAAUUACCUGUUUUUCUUUUUUUGUAUUUUGCCACGGAAAGAAAAAAAAACAACGUAUAUAGUUAUUUUUGAAACGAAGCAAACGACUGGCAGUGAGAGACUUUGGCAUAACAAGUCUAGUUUGUCGAUAUGCGAUUACUACUGACACCCAGAAGCGGGGGAAAAAAAGAGCAUGAGAACGAAAAUAAAGGGUAUGCUUUAUGUAGUUCACCUGCGACAAGCCACGCUCCAUCACGUUAGACACAUAAAGAAAAGUACCAUUUAUCGUAUUUCGUUUGUAUAUUUGUGUUAACUAUCCCACCCGAUUCCAUCCCAUCCCGAUUAUGUUGAACUAUUCAACGAAAUACCUAUGUAUCUUCCAAAUAAAGAUCUAA